GGCGGGGGGCGGCGCUGCGCUGCGCCGCGCUGCGCUCCAGCCCGGACCGGGCCGGGGCCGCUGGAUGCCGCGUCUCCGCUUCUGCUGCCUGCCGGGCGGGCUCCGGCGGCAGCAGCAAGGUGGGGUACAAGGGCCCUGUGCUAAGCACCCGUAAUCCUCCGGGGCUGCUUCCCCAAAGCAACACCCCACCAUGUUUAACCUAAUGAAGAAAGAUAAGGACAAAGAUGGUGGGCGGAAGGAGAAGAAGGAGAAGAAGGAGAAGAAGGAGCGGAUGUCGGCGGCGGAGCUGAGGAGCCUCGAGGAGAUGAGCCUGCGUCGUGGCUUCUUCAACCUGAACCGCUCCUCCAAACGUGAGUCCAAGACACGCUUGGAAAUCUCCAACCCCAUCCCCAUCAAGGUGGCCAGCGGCUCCGACCUGCACCUGACGGACAUCGACUCCGACAGCAACAGGGGCAGUGUCAUCCUGGACUCGGGCCACCUGAGCACCGCCAGCUCAAGCGAUGACCUCAAGGGGGAGGAAGGCAGCUUCCGGGGCUCGGUGCUGCAGCGGGCGGCCAAGUUCGGCUCCCUGGCCAAGCAGAACUCACAGAUGAUCGUCAAGCGCUUCUCCUUCUCCCAGCGGAGCCGGGAUGAGAGCGCCUCAGAGACCUCCACCCCUUCGGAACACUCUGCUGCCCCAUCCCCGCAGGUGGAGGUGAGGACCCUCGAGGGACAGCUGGUGCAACAUCCUGGCUCUGGCCUCACUCGGCCAGGGCCCCGGUCACGGGUCCCAGAGCUGGUGACGAAAAGGUUCCCGGCUGACCUGCGCUUGCCCCCCGUGGUGCCCUUGCCCCCGCCCGCCCUCCGGGAGCUGGAGCUACAGCGGAGGCCCACUGGAGACUUUGGCUUCUCCCUGCGCCGCACGACCAUGCUGGAUCGGGGCCCCGAGGGCCAGGUCUACCGGAGGGUGGUUCACUUCGCUGAGCCCGGCGCGGGCACCAAGGACCUGGCCUUGGGGUUGGUGCCGGGUGACCGGUUGGUGGAGAUUAACGGUCACAACGUGGAGAGCAAGUCCAGGGACGAGAUCGUGGAGAUGAUCCGGCAGUCUGGGGACAGCGUGCGGCUCAAGGUGCAACCCAUCCCGGAGCUCAGCGAGCUGAGCCGGAGCUGGCUGCGGAGCGGUGACGGACUGCGCAGGGAGCCAGCUGAUCUGGACCCUGAGGCCGCCUCUCCUGUCCACAGCCAGGUGAAGACAGAAGAGCAGAUUGCCGCUGAGGAGGCCUGGUAUGAGACAGAGAAGGUGUGGCUGGUCCAUAAGGAUGGCUUCUCGCUGGGCAGUCAGCUCAAAUCUGAGGAGCUAAGCUUGCCAGAAGGGAAGGUGCGUGUGAAGCUGGACCAUGACGGCGCCAUCUUGGAUGUCGAUGAGGAUGAUGUGGAGAAGGCUAAUGCUCCCUCCUGUGACCGUCUGGAAGACCUGGCUUCGCUGGUCUACCUCAAUGAGUCCAGCGUCCUCCACACACUGCGCCAGCGCUAUGGUGCGAGCCUGCUGCACACGUACGCUGGCCCCAGCCUGCUCGUCCUCAGCCCCCGGGGGGCCCCCGCCGUGUACUCCGAGAAGGUGAUGCACAUGUUCAAGGGGUGUCGGCGAGAGGACACGGCACCCCACGUCUACGCCGUGGCCCAGACCGCGUACAGGGCCAUGCUGAUGAGCCGCCAGGACCAGUCUGUCAUCCUCCUGGGCGCCAGUGGCAGCGGCAAGACCACCAGCUGCCAGCAUCUGGUGCAGUACCUGGCCACCAUCGCGGGCACCAGUGGGAACAAGGUGUUUUCCGUGGAGAAGUGGCAGGCUCUGUAUAGCCUUCUGGAAGCCUUUGGGAACAGCCCCACCAUCAUGAACGGCAACGCCACCCGCUUCUCCCAGAUCCUCUCCCUGGACUUCGACCAAGCCGGCCAGGUGGCCUCAGCCUCCAUCCAGACGAUGCUUCUGGAGAAGCUGCGCGUGGCUCGACGCCCAGCUGGUGAGGCCACGUUCAAUGUCUUCUACUACCUGCUGGCCUGUGGGGAUGGCACCCUCAGGACAGAGCUUCACUUGAACCACUUGGCAGAGAACAAUGUGUUUGGGAUUGUGCCACUGGCCAAGCCUGAGGAGAAGCAGAAGGCAGCCCAGCAGUUCAGUAAGCUGCAGACCGCCAUGAAGGUGUUGGGCAUCUCCCCAGAAGAACAGAAAGCCUGCUGGCUCAUCCUGGCUGCCAUCUACCACCUGGGGGCUGCAGGCGCCACCAAAGAGGCCCCCGAGGAGCAAGCGGAAGCUGCUGAAGCUGGGCGCAGGCAGUUUGCCCGCCACGAGUGGGCUCAGAAGGCCGCAUACCUGUUGGGCUGCAGCCUGGAGGAGCUGUCCUCAGCCAUCUUCAAGCACCAGCAUAAGGGCGGCACCCUGCAGCGCUCCACCUCCUUCCGCCAGGGCCCUGAGGAGAGCAGCCUGGGAGACGGCACAGGCCCCAAACUGAGCGCAUUGGAGUGCUUAGAGGGCAUGGCGUCUGGCCUCUACAGUGAGCUCUUCACCCUUCUCGUCUCCCUGGUGAACAGGGCUCUCAAGUCCAGCCAGCACUCGCUCUGCUCUAUGAUGAUUGUGGACACUCCAGGCUUCCAGAACCCGGAGCAGGGUGGGUCAGCCCGCGGAGCAUCCUUUGAGGAGCUGUGCCACAACUACGCCCAGGACCGGCUGCAGAGACUCUUCCACGAGCGCACCUUUGUGCAAGAGUUAGAAAGAUACAAGGAGGAGAACAUCGAGCUGGCAUUUGACGACUUGGAGCCCACUGUGAAUGAUUCCGUGGCAGCUGUGGACCAAGCCUCCCAUCAGUCCCUGGUCCGCUCGCUGGCACGCACCGAGGAGGCAAGGGGCCUGCUCUGGCUGUUGGAGGAGGAGGCACUGGUACCAGGGGCCACCGAGGAUGCCCUCCUGGAGCGCCUUUUCUCCUACUAUGGCCCCCAGGAAGGCGACAAAAAAGGCCAAAGCCCCCUCCUGCGCAGCAGCAAACCACACCAUUUCCUUCUGGGCCACAGCCAUGGCACCAACUGGGUUGAGUACAAUGUGGCUGGCUGGCUGAGCUACACCAAACAGAACCCAGCCACCCAGAACGCCCCCCGGCUCCUGCAGGACUCCCAGAAGAAAAUCAUCAGCAAUCUGUUUCUGGGCCGGGCGGGCAGCGCCACGGUGCUGUCGGGCUCCAUUGCCGGCUUGGAGGGUGGCUCGCAGCUGGCCCUACGCCGGGCCACCAGCAUGCGGAAGACCUUCACAACGGGCAUGGCGGCUGUCAAGAAGAAGUCACUAUGCAUCCAGAUUAAGCUGCAGGUGGACGCCCUCAUUGACACCAUCAAGAAAUCAAAGCUGCACUUUGUGCAUUGCUUCCUGCCUGUAGCAGAGGGCUGGGCUGGGGAGCCCCGGUCUACAGCCUCCCGCCGAGUCAGCAGCAGCAGCGAGCUGGACCUGCCCACAGGAGAGCACUGUGAGGCCGGACUUCUGCAGCUGGACGUACCCCUGCUUCGUGCACAGCUCCGGGGCUCCCGCCUGCUGGACGCCAUGCGCAUGUACCGCCAAGGUGGGGAGGGUCCCUCUCUGCUCCUACUUCCGUCUUCCAGAGCUGCUCCCCCUACUCCCCACCUUCCACAUAUGACCUGCCAGGCUAGAGGG